AUGGCUCCCGCUGUCCCCAGGCUGCGAAUUCUGUCAGUCGGCGGCAAUGCCGUCUCCGCGUUCCUAUCAUGGCGGCUCCAAGCGACCAACGCCUGCGACGUCACGCUGGUGUGGAAGUCCGGAUACGACAGCGUCGCCCAGUACGGCAUCUCCUUCAAAUCCGCCCUCUACGGCAACGAGCGCUUCAAGCCCUACUCAGUUGUCCGAACUCCCGAAGAUGCCGCACAUUCUUCCAAACAGCCAUUCGACUACGUCCUGCUCUGUGUCAAGGCCCUGCCCGAUGUAUACGAUAUCGCCAACAUCAUCGAGUCCGUCGUGUCGCCCCAGCACACGUGCAUCCUUAUGAACACAACACACAGUCUUGGAGUUGAAUCAUAUCUAGAGCAGCGCUUUCCGACAAAUGUCGUCUUGUCGCUGGUCUCGGGCGCAGAGAUUGUGCAGCUUGCAACGAGCGAGUUCGAGCACAAGGGAGCGACCGAUAUCUGGGUCGGCCCUGCUAACAGCAACCCUUCCAUCCCGGCGCAGAUCCAAUCAGACAUGGCCGAAGCCCUCGCUAUGACACUGAGCUCUGGACAGGUCGACUGCAAGGUGUCGCCAAACAUCCGCCAGCAGCAGUUCGAGCGGAUGAUUGGUGCCAUCGCCUUUCACACAACAAGCGUCCUAUUUGAGACACCUAACCAUGCCGAGCUGCUCGAGAAGAUGGGCGUCCGCGCCCUAGUGACUGGCAUGAUAGACGAACUGCUCGCGCUUGCCAAAGCUCAGGGCUGCACAUUCCCGCCAGAUUUUCGAGAAACAACGAUUCGGCAGAUGACGCAAUCGCAGGAGAACAACAGCACCAUGUGGAUGGACUUCGAGGCUAAGCGGCCGAUGGAGAUUGAAACAUAUCUCGGGUCGCCAUUGAAGCUUGCACAGGAAACUAAUGUCGCCAUUCCUCGCAUCGAAACUCUUUACGCUACCCUUCAUCACAUCAACAUCGUGAACCGAACGAGACCAAGCGCCGCACCCACCCCUUCUCCUCAAAAUGGAGUUCAACCGCCGCCACCCCCGCCAAGGCUCUCUUCCGCACCAUUACCGCGAGGACCGCCAGGGCCAGGACCGAUGAUGAACGGUAACGGACCGAUGAAAGGUGGCCCACGCCCGGGAAGCCGGGCACCUUCUAUCACCGGAGUACCACCAAUGAUGCGCCGAGGCCCGCCGUCAGGACCAGUAAACGGUUACCCUCCACGAGGUAUGAAUGGGGCGCCAAACGGCCAACGACGACCCUCCCUCGAUGGAAACGACCUAGAAGAAUUCAGUCAUUUGAUGCUGUAUGACAAUAUGGUCGACGAGGGCGGUCCCAAUGGUGGUCCAUACGAUGCUGCAGGAGGCCCCUCUACGAAUGAUCUAGCCUUGCGGGAAAGAGAGCUCAUGCUGCGGCAGAAGGAGCUACAGCUUAGGGAGCAAGAGCUUAAUAUGCGUCGCGGUCGCGGCCCUGGCCCUCGUGGCCCGCCGCCUCCCCCUUCGCAUAUGGGCGGUUUCGAUGAAGACGAUGACGAGGAUGAUUACUUUGAUCCUAUGGCUUCCCGUGGUCCCGGUCCGAUGAUCGAUCCCGACAACUUCGACAUGAUGAGCGUAACGUCUCGCCGCAACCGCAAAAUGCCUAGUGCAAGCCAGAUCCGCAAAAACCCGGAAAUGGCUGCUAUGAGUGGCAUGGGUGGUAUGCCUCCCCCAAGCGGCCGGUCCAGGAACCCGUUUGCACGCCCUGGAAUGAAUAAGAAUCGUACCAGUGCGCGGAUCAUGGCAGAAGUCCCUGGUUUGCACGACUCGCUCAUGAACAAUCCUCUCAUGGGUUACUCCUCUAACCGAUACGGCGAUGUUGACCGAGGCACGAUGGGUGCGCAAUCGAGAGCGAACUCACUAACUGCAGCUCGACUCGACGAACUUCAGCAAGGUGGUAACUACGGCGCAUACCCUCCGAUGAGCCGUCGAACCAGCCAGUCGCCUGGCAAUCCCCUCAGCCCUGGCCCGAGGCCAGUGGGACGCCCGUCUCCUCCGAACGGCUAUCCGCCUAACGGGAUGGCGCCCAACGGGCGCCCAUCACCGCCUGGCAUGAGACAGCCUGUGCCACGACAUCCGCCCGGUCACGGAAACGCAGUGGCACCGCAACAAGUUGAGCAACACGCUGGGGUGAGCAACCUUUAUCCGCCCAAGUCCCGUCCUCACGUGCGAACUCUGAUUGGAACUAGCGCGGGCAGCCAUAGCUCUUCGGGUGCCAGCGCUCAACUAGAUUCGGAGAACUCUGCGCACAGCAGCCAGAGUAGCCUAGGACCCCGUCCUCCGCUCGGCGUUCGGUAA